GUUCAUACAGAACGUCAGUCGUGCGUUUGUUCAUGUAAGAGAAUUUUAAGCAGCUUCAUAUUUCAGUCGCAGUUCUUUCAAAUCGAACAUCUGCUUCUCUUCUUGAUUAAUCAAUCGAUAACAUUCAUUAUGAGUAAAUCCAGAGUGGCUGUAAACGUUCGUGAGGGAAGAUUAAUUGGCAUUGUCGAGGAAGGAUGUUGUGGGAGUUACGUCGCUUUCAAAGGAAUACCUUACGCGAAACCCCCAGUUGGUGAUCUCAGGUUUAAGGAUCCCGUCCCGGCUGAACCAUGGUCCGGCGACAGAGACGCCUCCAAGUACGGAAAUGUGUGCAUUCAAGUAGACUUUGUCACGAAUACGAUUAUAGGGGAUGAGGAUUGUCUCUAUCUCAACGUCUAUACUACAGACAUUAAACCUCCGAAGAAACGCGCUGUGAUGGUAUGGAUCCACGGCGGCGGUUUUUUCUGCGGUGAAAGCACCUCGACCUUUUUCGGCCCCGAUUACAUCGUCCCGAAGGAUGUAGUGCUGGUGACUCUGAAUUACAGACUAGGCGCUCUAGGUUUCCUCAAUCUCUAUGACAAAGUAGCAACGGGUAAUCAAGGUUUAAAGGAUAUGACUUUGGCAUUACGAUGGGUUCGUGACAAUAUAUCGCAAUUCGGUGGCGAUUCAGAGAACGUCACCAUUUUCGGUGAGAGCGCCGGUGGUGCCGCUGUGCAUUUCUUGGCCCUAUCUCCAUUUACCAAAGGUUUGUUUCACAAAGCCAUUUCGCAAAGCGGUGUCGUUCUAAACUCUUGGGCCUGGACUGAACAAACCAACGACAAAACUUUCGAAUUUGUUGCGAAACUAGGAAAAGAGACCUCUGAUCCAAAAGUCGCCUACGAGUUUCUCAAAACAACCGACGUGAAAGAGCUCGUAACAGUAUAUCAGAAAGAUUUUUUUAAAAAAGAAAACUCUCAUGUAGCAAAUCUCAUGUUUACGCCAAGCAUGGAUGCCGAAUCAUCGAAUCCAUUCUUCCCGGAGCCCAUACAAAAUUAUAUAAACCGCGGAGUUAAGGUACCGUUUAUGUUAGGUUUUACUAAGGAGGAGGGAAUAUUUCUGGUAGACAGCAACUUUAUGGGAAAUUUCACCAAAGAAGAUUUUGAGAAAACCAAUGCCGAUUUCAAAACCAUUGUACAUCCCACGAUUUUGUCCGAGAUAGCAAAGAUACCGAUGACAGUCGAAGAAUUGCGCUCUCUGUAUUUCGGUGAUAAACCCGUGUCAGAGGAAAAUCUAUCGAAUUUAAUUGAUUACUUUACCGAUAUGGUAUUUGUUCGUGGAACUAUGAAGACAACGGAAAUUCAAGCAAAACUGAAGUCUAACAAUACAUAUCUGUAUCGAUUUUCAUACGCAAGUGAAAAACCUACUGUCUUGAGAGCAGCAAUGAAAACUACAAUAAAAGGCGGAACGAGUCACGCCGAAGAUAUUUGUUUCUUGUUUUCUUCUGAUGUGUUGGAUAAAUUUGGCUUAUCAGCACCUACACCUGGCUCGAAUGAUUACAAGAUGAUAGAAUACAUGACUGAUCUGUGGACAAAUUUUUCAAAAACAGGAAAUCCAACUCCUGCUACUACGAAAAAGACCCCAGUUACGUGGACACCACUCAAAAACGAAGAUGUGUACGAUUAUCUGGAUAUUACCAUCGAUCCGCAGAUGAAAACGUUUCACAAAGGACAAGAGCGCUGGGAUUGGGAAACUAGAAAGAACAAGUUACGCAAUUAAUUUCUUAUCGGCAUUAAUUAAUAUAUCUCAUGUGGAUUGAUACAACUUUAUAAAUCCAUGAAAUGUAUAU